AUGCCGUCUCCCAUGGCCCUGCCCAGCCUGUCCUGGAUACUGCUCUCCAGUCUGGUGAUUCUGUCACAGGUCCAAGGGGAAGACUCCCCGAUGGAGCUGCCCUCUGAACGGAUCAGCUGCCCCAAGGGCUCCAAGGCCUAUGGGUCUUACUGCUACGCUCUGUUUCUGACACCCAAACCUUGGACAGAUGCAGACAUCGCCUGCCAGAAGCGGCCCUCGGGACACCUGGUGUCUGUGCUGUCUGCGGCUGAGGGAUCCUUUGUUGCCUCCCUGGUGAAGAGCACUUCAAACACCAAAGAGAACAUCUGGAUUGGGUUUCAUGACCCCACGAUGGGAUCUGAGCCCGAUUUUGGCGGAUGGGAAUGGAGCAGCACUGACUUGGUGACUUACUCUGCCUGGGAUGAAGAGACCUGCAGCAACUCAAGCCCUGAUUUCUGUGCAAGCCUCUCUGCAAACAAAGGAUUCCAGAAAUGGCAACGCUAUGGCUGUGAAAAGGCGUUGCCCUAUGUCUGUAAAUUUAAGGACUAG